AUGAUUAUUGUCAAUGUCAAUGAUCGUUUGGGAACAAAGGCUGCUAUUCCUUGCUUGGGCAGCGACCCCGUCAAAGCAUUCAAGGCCAUGGUUGCAGCACGCAUUGGUCGUCAGCCUCAUGAGAUUAUGUUGAAGAGACAGGGUGAACGUCCUUUCAAAGAUCACCUCACUCUGGACGAUUACGGUGUCAGCAAUGGUGUACAACUCGACCUCGAACUCGACACUGGUGACUGA